AUGAAAAGGUCAUCGUUCACAUCGGUGAUAAGAAUGGUUUGCGCUGAGGCAGUAGCUGUUAGGUUAAUGCCGCUCAGUGGCUUCGAAAAUAGUUCGCUACCAAUGAUCGACAGUGAUAACGUUUUGGAGGAAUAUGAACGAACAGUGGAGAGCUUGUACAUAUUGGAUGGUUUGGAAAGCGAUUUGACGUUACUCAAUCCGGAUGAUUUAAUGACGCAGCAAAUCCUACAGAAUAUUCAGAUAACAUCAUCUUGUUCCGUAGAAGCCAUAUAUGCAGGUAUUUACUUUGCGGACGUUUUCGCAAAAAGUGAAAAUUACUGUACGCCGUCAGAACGUGGAUCUAAGUACAUGCUGUUAUGUCAGGUGGCACUUGGAGAAAUUUAUUAUGGCGUAAAUUCGUCAGUUGUCCGCGCAGAUGCACAGAACAAGCUGACACGUUAUGAUACGUUGAAGCCUCUGUUUUGGGCGCUGCAAGCAUCACCUUUAUACCGUCUUUUCAUUUUGCAACUGGAUUCGCUUUUUCGUCUACUCUUGUUAAUGAUUAAGUGUCAUGGCGGCUUUUUCGAUAUUUUUGCGUCAGAAAUCCACUUCUUGAUCAUCGCUGACUGUUCGUUAGCGUUGGAAAUAAGUGUACGUGGUGAACUAACCGAUAUUCCCUUUUCUUCUGAUUUUGCUACAUUAGCUUGUAGUAGACGUGCACUAGUCCUGGUAUCAUUCGAAAGUUUGAUAUGUUCCGGUGUUAUCAAUAAAUAG